UGUCCUCAGUGCCUCCCAACCCCCUUUGGUACUGAGCACCACCAAUAAUCCUGCACUGGUGUCACGGUGCAGCAUGGGGCCAUCGUGCCAUGUGUGCCUCUUUCUGAUGCUCGCCCUGACCCCGCUGGGCGCCAGCGCCUGGCAGUGCCCCCGCAUCCCUUACAGCUCCACCAGGAACUUUUCCGUCCCCUACGUGCUGCCCAGCCUUGAUGCCAGCAGCCCCGUGCAGAACGUCGCCGUCUUUGCCGACUCUGCCAGCCCGACCGCUGUCUUUGUGGCUGUCCGCAAUCGCAUCCUGCUGGCCAGCCCUGAGCUGCGCCUCCUCUCGGUCCUGAUCACUGGCCCCGUGGGCAGUGCUGAGUGCGAGAUCUGCCGCCUGUGCCCGGCUACCACGGAUGGCCCCGAGGACAGGGACAACGUCCUGCUGCUGCUGGACCCGCUGGAGCCGUGGCUGUACAGCUGCGGCACAGCGCAGCACGGGCUGUGCUACCAGCACCAGCUGGAGGUGCGGGACGGCGAGGUGGCCAUCACGACCACACGCUGCCUGUACUCAGCCACGGGCAACAGACCGGCAUCUUGCCCUGACUGCAUGGCCAGCCCCCUGGGGACCAGUGCCACUGUGGUGGCCACCUCCUAUGCCUCUUUCUUCUACCUCGGCUCCACCAUCAACAGCAGUGUGGCGGCACGGUACAGCCCACAGUCGGUGUCCAUCCGCAGGUUGAAGGGCACCCUGGAUGGCUUUUCAGAUGACUUCCAGUGGCUGGGGGUGCUGCCGCGCUACCGGGACGCCGCCCGCCCCGGCACCCGCCUGGCCCGUGACCUCGGCAUCAAUGACACCGACAUGGUGCUCUUCGGCACCUUCGCCGAGAGCCAGCCGGAGAGCCGGGUGCCGCGGAAGGACUCUGCUGUCUGCGCCUUCCCCCUCCGCCUCCUCAACCAGGCCAUGGAAGAGGGCAUGGAGAAGUGCUGUGGCACUGGGCACCAGCCACUGCUGCGGGGGCUCAGCUUCUUCCAGCCAGCGGAGUACUGCCCGCACAACGUGAACCUCUCGGCGCCGGUGGCCAACACCAGCUGCUGGGACCAGCCCACCCUCGUCCCUGCCACCUCCCAUAAGGUGGACCUGUUCAACGGGCACCUGGCCGGUGUCCUCCUCACUUCCAUCUUUGUCACUGCCCUGGGGGACGUCACCGUGGCCCACCUGGGCACGGCAGAGGGACGCAUCUUCCAGAUGGUGCUCCAGCGCUCCAGCUCCUACCUCCUCACCUUGGCCAACUUCUCCCUGGGGGAGCCAGGGCCGGUGAGGGCUGCCAUGGGGCUGCAGAACCACUCGCUGUUCUUCACUGCUGGCACCAAGGUGUGGCGCCUGAACAUCACUGGCCCUGGCUGCCGCCACUUCUCCACGUGCCAGCGCUGCCUGCGGGCCGAGCGCUUCAUGGGCUGCGGCUGGUGCGGGGACAGGUGCACACGUCACCACGAGUGUGCUGGCCCCUGGGUGCAGGAAAGUUGCCCACCCGUCCUUACUGACUUCCACCCCCGGAGUGCCCCGCUGCUGGGCCAGACACGGGUGACACUCUGCGGCGGCCGGGGCUGUCCCCCUGGACUGGGCCUGACCCCCCCUAUCACACCCUGCAGACCCCUGCCCACCUCCCACCGCAAGGACUUUGUGGAUGUGCUGGUGUGUGAGCUGGAGCCAGGGGGCCCGACAGCAGUGGGGGGCCUGGCCAACGUGGUGCUCACCGUGAAGGAACCCACUGGAUCCUCCAGCUUCCGCGUCCAUGGUUCGGACACGCUCAGUGGCUUCGAAUUCGUGGACCCCCGCAUCAGCAACCUGCACCCCCUGUUUGGCCCCCGCAGGGGUGGCACCCCCCUCUCCCUGCACGGCACCCACCUCUGGGCAGGGAGCAGCUGGCGGGUGAUCGUCAACGGCUCCGAGUGCCCCCUGGCCGGGCAGCCCAGGCAGGGUGACAGGGCAAUCCAGUGCAUGGCUCCCGCCGCCAGUGGCCUGGGCGCAGCCAGGGUGGCCCUGUGGAUCGACGGGGAGGAGUUCCUGGCCCCCCUGCCCUUCCACUACCGCCCUGACCCCUUCGUUUCGGCUGUUGUCCCCAGCUGCAGCUAUGAGGGCUCAAUGCUCACCAUCAUCGGCACCCACCUGGACUCUGUGUAUCGUGCCAAGAUCCACUUCGAGGCCAGCGGCGUUAGGACUGAAGCCACGGAUUGUGAGGCCCCACAGGCACCGGAGCGGCUGCUGUGCCACAGCCCAGCCUUCCCCUUCGAAAGCAAGGUGGAGACGGCGCCAGGGAACCUAAGUGUGAUGCUGGAUGGUGCCACUGGCCGCUGGCUCUUCCGCCUCCGCUACUACCCCCAGCCCAAGAUCUUCCCCUUGGAGCAGGAGGGCAGGAGCCUCCGCCUCAAGCCUGGCGACGAUGAGAUCGAGGUGCACCAACUGGGGCUGGAUGCCGUGGCCGCCUGCAUGAACAUCACCAUGACGGUGGGGGGCUGGGACUGCCACCCCAACGUGCUGAAGAACGAGGUGACGUGUCGCCUGCCUCGCGAGCUGCGCCUGCCCCCGGACGGGGCCCCCGUGGAGAUCUGUGUGAAUGGUGCCUGCAAUGCCGUGGGCUGGGUGCUGCCUCCCGCCGCCUCGAUGGACCUGGCCGCGAGCCUGGCCCUGGGUACGGGUGUCACCUUCCUGGUCUGCUGCGUCCUGGCCAUCGUGCUGCUCCACUGGCGCUGGAGGAAGCAGGGGGGGACAGAGAACCUGGAGCUGCUGGUGCAGCCCAGCCGCAGCAACCCCCCCGCCACCAUGCAGCGCCCCGGCGUUGACUACAGGGAGGUGCUAGUGCUGCCUGCGGCAGGGAGUCCCAGCCCUGUGGGGCUCCGGCCACACUUUGCCAGUGCCAGCAUGGCACGCGGUGGCUCCCCCGUGGCCCUGCUCAGGGCCACAUCCUGCUGCCUGGAGGACCUGCGGCCAGAGCUGCUGGAGGAGGUGAAGGACAUGCUCAUCCCUGAGGAGCAGCUCAUCACCCACCGCCACCGGGUCAUCGGCAAAGGGCACUUCGGCAGUGUCUACCAUGGCACCUAUAUGGACCCACUGCUGGGGAACCUCCACUGCGCCAUCAAGUCCCUGCACCGCAUCACGGACGUGGAGGAGGUGGAAGAGUUCCUGCGCGAGGGCAUCCUCAUGAAGAGCUUCCACCACCCCCAGGUGCUCUCACUUCUGGGGGUGUGCCUGCCCCGCUAUGGGCUGCCCCUUGUUGUCCUGCCCUACAUGCGCCAUGGGGACCUGCGCCAGUUCAUCCGUGCCCAGGAGCGGGUCACCUACAUCAACCUGGAGCGCGGCCCCCCCUUCCCCCCUGCUCCCCCAGAGCAGCUGCUCGAUGGUGAAGAUGAGGACGAGGACAACACGGAGGAUGAGGAGGAGGAGGAAGAAGGGGAGGAGGAGGAAGAAGAGGAGGAAACCACAGCCAUGUGCUGA